AUGGAGAACGAUGCUGCCGGCGACCCCCGGCCUCCACUUGGUCGCCAGGACUUCCCCGGCCUCGGAGCCUCUGGAAGGAGCUUUAGGCACCCAGUGCCGGGGCCACGACCAGGGCCCGGGAUGACCGCGCUCGGGAGAGGGCUGGCCCCCAAUUUCUCCCCCGGGAGGAGGCGAGGCGCCUCGCUUAAACUUAAGGAGGACUAUGAAAGAUAUGAUGAACUUCUCAAAUACUAUGAAUUGUAUGAAACUAUUGGCACAGGUGGCUUUGCAAAAGUCAAACUUGGCUGCCAUAUCCUCACUGGAGAAAUGGUAGCUAUAAAAAUUAUGGAUAAAACUGCCCUGGGGGUAAAUGACUUGCCCCGAAUUAAAACAGAGAUUGAUGCCUUGAAGAAUCUGAGACACCAGCAUGUGUGGUCUCUGAAAUACUGUAUGCAGGCCUUCACCAGUGUGUCUGUCUCUCUUUGUUGAAAGUACUGCCCGGGAGGAGAGCUGUUUGACUACAUCAUUUCCCAGGACGCCUGUCGGAGGAUAGAGGCGCGUGUGGUGUUCCGUCAGAUUGUGUCCGCAGUCCGCCUAAUGUACACAGCCGGGGAUUAUGCUCACAGGGACCUCAAGCCUGAAAAUUUGCUUUUUGAUGAAUGUCAUAAAAUAAAGUUGAUUGACUUUGGUCUCUGUGCAAUACCCAAGGGUAACAAAGAUUACCAACUACAGACAUGCUGUGGAAGUCUUGCUUAUGCAGCCCCUGAAUUAAUACAAGGCAAAUCAUAUCUUGGAUCUGAGGCAGAUGUCUGGAGCAUGGGCAUACUCUUGUAUGUACUUAUGUGUGGCUUUCUGCCAUUUGAUGAUGAUAAUGUCAUGGCUUUGUAUAAGAAGAUUAUGAGAGGGAAGUACGAAGUCCCUAAGUGGCUCUCUCCUAGUAGUAUUCUGCUUCUUCAACAAAUGUUGCAGGUGGACCCCAAGAAACGAAUUUCCAUGAGGAAUCUAUUGAGCCAUCCCUGGAUCAUGCAAGAUUAUAUUUGUCCUGUUGAGUGGCAAAGCAAGAAUUCUUUUAUUCACCUUGAUGAAGACUGUAUAACAGAACUUUCUGUGCAUCACAGAAAAAACAGACAAAUGAUGGAGGAUUUAAUUUCAUUGUGGCAGUAUGAUCACCUCACAGCUACCUACCUUCUGCUUCUAGCCAAGAAGGCUCGUGGAAAGCCAGUUCGUUUGAGACUUCCCACUUUUUCCUGCGAACAGGCCAGCACCACCCCAUUCACAGCCAUUCAGUCAAAGAAUCGGAGUCUGGAAGAUAUGAGCACCAGUGAUCACAUGUCUUGUUUGAUAGACUCUGAGCGGUGUGAAGAUGGUUCUUCAAAAGGUGUGACCACUCCUCAAACGCCACAGUUUGCCAAGCAUUGGACAGGAUCAAAUGGUGUGGAAUCUAAAUCAUUAACUCCAGUAUUAUGCAGAGCAUCUGCCAAUAAAGGAAAGAACAAAGAGAAUGUAUACACUCCUAAGUCUGCUGUAAAGAAUGAGGAGUGCUUUGUAUGUCCUGAGCCAAAGACUCCAGUUAAUAAAAACCAACAUAGAAGAGAAGUACUCAAUACACCAAAUCAAUACACUACACCCUCAAAAGCUAGAAACCAGUGCCUGAAAGAAACCCCAGUGAAAACACCGUUCGAUUCAGGAGCAGAGAAGUUAACAGCAGGUGUCAUUAGCCCAGAACGGCGAUGCCGUUCAGUGGAAUUGGAUCUCAACCAGAUACAUGUGGAGGACACUCCGAAAAGAAAAGGAACAAAAGUAUUUGGGAGUCUUGAGAAGGGGUUGGAUAAGGUUAUCACUGUGCUUACCAGGAGCAAGAAGAAGGGCUCUGGUAAAGACAGACUAAGAAGACGGAAGCUUCACUACAAUGUGACCACAACCAGAUUAGUGAAUCCAGACCAACUCUUGAAUGAAAUAAUGUCUGUUCUUCCAAAGAAGCAUGUUGACUUUGUACAAAAGGGCUAUACACUGAAGUGUCAAACACAGUCAGAUUUUGGCAAAGUGACGAUGCAGUUUGAACUAGAAGUGUGCCAGCUUCAAAAACUCGAUGUGGUGGGUAUCAGGAGGCACAGGCUUAAGGGUGAUGCCUGGGUUUACAAGAGAUUAGUGGAAGACAUCCUAUCUAGCUGCAAGGUAUAAUUGAUGGGUGAUUUCCAUUCUGCCAGAGCAUAGCUGUGAUA